GCGCGCUGUGCAGAGGAAAGCAGCCUUGGCCGGGAACGCGGGUCGUGCGCGAGAUGCUGACGGUCAGCCAACCAGAAUGCUCAGAAUGAGGAAGAGAGGCGGGGCGCUGUGAGCAUCCCCUUAGAUCUCUUAUCCAUGACUCUCCAAUUUCCGGGUCUCCUGGCCCGCUAGGGAGGGAGUUCUCUGUGCGCCAGCCUCUUCCAGGCGGGUGUUAGAUCUCCACGGUCCUAAGAGCCUACGCUGUUGCCACGGAUCUCCCAGAGCCGGAUGUGACGUUGCCUUGGAGGAGGAAGGGAGAGGCGGAGCGUAGCCCGGUGACGUCCUUCCAUUAUGGCGGAGAGAGAGUGAAGAAACAGUGUUUCCCCUUGGGUUGCUAUAGAACAAGGGUAAAAUUCGUUUGUGAUAUCAAAAUGCAGUAUUCGCACCACUGUGAGCACCUUUUAGAGAGGCUGAACAAACAACGGGAAGCUGGUUUUCUUUGUGACUGCACCAUAGUGAUUGGGGAAUUCCAGUUUAAAGCUCAUAGGAAUGUGCUUGCCUCCUUUAGUGAGUAUUUUGGUGCGAUCUACAGAAGCACUUCUGAGAACAAUGUCUUUCUUGAUCAGAGUCAGGUGAAGGCUGAUGGAUUUCAGAAACUGUUGGAGUUUAUAUACACAGGAACUUUAAAUCUUGACAGUUGGAAUGUUAAAGAAAUCCAUCAGGCUGCUGACUAUCUCAAAGUGGAAGAGGUGGUCACUAAAUGUAAAAUAAAGAUGGAAGAUUUUGCUUUUAUUGCUAAUCCCUCUUCUACAGAGAUAUCUAGUAUUACUGGAAAUAUUGAAUUGAAUCAACAGACUUGUCUCCUUACUCUACGAGAUUAUAACAGUCGGGAGAAAUCAGAAGUGUCUACAGAUUUAGUUCAGGCAAAUCCUAAACAAGGGGCUUUAGCAAAGAAGUCAUCUCAAACUAAAAAGAAGAAGAAGGCCUUCAACUCCCAGAAAACACGUCAGAAUAAAACAGUGCAAUAUCCCAGUGACAUUUUAGAAAAUACGUCUGUUGAACUAUUUCUAGAUGCAAAUAAAUUAUCCACACCUGUAAUAGAACAAGUUGUACAAAGAAAUAAUUCAGAACUUGAGUUGACAUCAGUUGUAGAAAAUACUUUCCCAGCACAAGAUAUCGUGCAAACUGUUACAGUGAAACGGAAACGAGGAAAAUCACAGCCAAACUGUGCUCUGAAAGAACACUCUAUGUCUAAUAUAGCCACUGUCAAGAACUCUUAUGAGCUGGAGAGCUCUGGGGAAGAGCUGGAUCAAAGGUAUUCCAAGGCCAAACCAAUGUGUAACACAUGUGGGAAAGUGUUUUCAGAAGCCAGCAGCUUAAGAAGACACAUGAGAAUACAUAAAGGAGUCAAACCUUAUGUCUGCCACUUGUGUGGAAAGGCUUUUACCCAGUGUAACCAGCUGAAAACACAUGUAAGAACUCAUACAGGUGAGAAGCCAUACAAAUGUGAAUUGUGUGAUAAAGGAUUUGCUCAGAAAUGCCAGCUAGUCUUCCAUAGUCGCAUGCAUCAUGGUGAGGAAAAACCUUAUAAAUGUGAUGUAUGCAAUUUACAAUUUGCAACUUCUAGCAAUCUCAAGAUUCAUGCAAGGAAGCAUAGUGGAGAGAAGCCAUAUGUCUGUGAUAGGUGUGGACAGCGAUUUGCCCAAGCCAGCACAUUGACCUAUCAUGUUCGAAGGCAUACGGGAGAAAAGCCUUAUGUGUGUGAUACCUGUGGAAAGGCAUUUGCUGUCUCUAGUUCUCUUAUCACUCAUUCUCGAAAACAUACAGGUGAAAAACCAUACAUAUGUGGUAUUUGUGGGAAAAGUUUUAUUUCCUCAGGAGAGCUCAACAAACACUUUCGAUCCCAUACAGGAGAAAGACCAUUUAUAUGUGAACUAUGUGGAAAUUCUUACACAGAUAUUAAAAAUUUAAAGAAGCACAAAACAAAAGUCCAUUCUGGUACAGAUAAAAUUCUAGAUUCCAGUAUAGAGGAUCAUCCCUUGAGUGAAAAAGAGUCCAUACAAAAAAGUCCUUUAUCAGAAACUUUGGAUGUGAAGCCUUCUGAUAUGGCUUUACCACUGACUCUUCCACUUGGGACUGAGGACCACCACAUGCUUCUGCCUGUCACAGAUAAUCAGUCUCCUACAUCAGAUGCAUUGUUGAGAUCAACUGUGAAUGGGUAUUCAGAACCACAACUGAUUUUUUUACAGCAGUUAUACUGACUUUGUGAGGAAUAUGGAAUUGCUAAGGUGUCUCUGGUAGUAAACAUAAACAUCUCUGGUAAGGUGCAUAUAUUCAUAUUAAAUUAACCAUUUAUUUGGGUUGUGGCCAUUAUUUUUCAUUGACUAAAGUAAAAGCACCUGAUGCUGCAUCACAACUGUGCAGUGCUUGUUUUGACAUUUGGCUUUCAUAUUCAGGUUAUACACACAGCAUUUGAAGGGGUAAAUUAUACUACAGUAGCACUAUUUUGCAUGGAUAAGUUUUACUUUAUUUUAGAGCUGCCUUAAUUCCAUUUUUUAAAAAGUUUUACUGAAGUAUAUUUGAUUUACAAGGUUGUAAUAAUUUCUUGCUGUACUUAAUUCCAUUUUUAUUUUGCAUUUUAGACUUGCCUUCCAUUUACUGAAGUAGAAUCUAUCACUUUAUGCUUCAGUUUUGUCCUGUGGGAUUUAUUUUCUUCCCUUCAAAAUUUAAACAGAAUCAGUGAUAGUAUCAGACCAAGACUGGUGCUGUUACUAAACCUCAUAGACCAAUACAUAAACUAUAGGGGAAAAAAAUUCAUAUAUAUUCUAAGAGAAUUUAGGUACUGAUUAAAAAUUGUGCUAUUUCUCUAUUAAUACAGCCCUUUGGAGGUAUCUUUUCUAAUGAGACAAAAAAUGCUUUUCUUAAAAGCUAUAAAACUGUAUAUAAAUUUUGUUCAUUUAGAACUCAGUAUUCUGGAGAAAACCAAUGGUCAGUAGUUUUGAGUUAUCUAAGACUACAUUUUCAAAAUGAAUUUAAAUAUAUACUUGGUUUUUUAUCUUAGUAAAGACAGUUUCAAAUUUGAUCCAUUGUGUUAAUAGGUUUCUAGAUUACUGGAGAUGAGGAAAAUAUAUACUGAGUUUUGACGUUUUUUGAUAAGCCUCUCAUACCUCUUAUGCACUUUUUAAAAUAAAAAAAAUCCUAAAAAGAAUUUUCUAAAUAGAAACUUAAUGCAUAGUAUAAAACACUUGGCUUCUGAAUUUGAUACAUUAUAUUAAUAAGUGAUUAAGAAAUUAACUUCAAUUAAAAGUAAACAUUUGAGUUAUCAGAAAGCCAGUUUAUUAAACAUUUUAUACUUGAGUUUUCUAUAAGUUUCAAGUUUUAAAAUUUUAUAGCUUAAACCACAACAGUUGGUAGUAGUUGUAGUUUCACAGUAUCCCUUUCCCUUCCUAAUGAACUUAGAAAAUUCAGAUUGAUUCUGAUAUUUACUACCACUCUUCCCUAUCCCAUUUUUCCCAUACUAAUUAAUUUCACUGUCUAACCUUUAGGGCAUUAAAGUAUCAGUUCCACAAAGUUAGUUCCUGUACUGCUUAUCAGACACCAUGGUGACAUUAUUUCCUACUUCUGCCAUGCAUUAGUUGUGGCUUAUUUUUUUUUUCUUCUUUUAAAUUACACCUGUAAUAAAAUUAAUGUAUUUUCUGUUGGUAUUGCUUUCUUUAAUUGUAUUUUUUCUGGGGUCCUAGUCAUAGGAACUAACUAGAAGACUUAGAACUACUAAAUUCUUGUAAACUAUACAGAUAUCACCAUUUCAUUGCACACUCAACAUUUUCACAAUAAAUUGCCACCAGUGGGAUUGACUUGAA